GGAAAUGUAGUCUCGGCUUUUGUCGCGCCCACGGCCGGUGGAACGGGGCCUCACGGAGCAGGAAAUUGGCUCAGCGGCAUUUGCGCGUCCUGGCUGCCGAAAUUCGGGCUGUUCGCGAUGGACAGUGCAUGCGAACAGUGCUCGUUGGCCGUGUGGGAUCCUUAGGAGAGAGAGAAGAAGGUAGAGAUGUGGUGCCGCUAGAGUACUACCCCAGGCUGGUACAGUUUUCAGCCAACACGAGCCAGGAUCUUGGUGCUUUGAACUUAAUUACACCAAGAUGAUCCCCCAUCUACUGUAACCUACACCUCUGUCUAAGAGGGACCGUCUGUUGGCACAAUGCAGCAGAUUUUGGAAUUGGCACUGGAUCGCGCUGAGUAUAUCAUUGAGAGCGCCAGACAGAGGCCUCCAAAACGGAAACAUUCAUCUGGAGGAAGGAAAUCCGUGUUUCAUAAGUUAUAUGACUUGUACAUUGAAGAAUGUGAAAAAGAGCCAGAAAUAAAGAAGCUGAGACGAAAUGUGAACUUGCUGGAGAAGCUGGUAAUGCAGGAAUCCCUCUCUUGCCUUGUGGUCAAUCUGUAUCCUGGAAAUGAAGGGUACUCUCUUGUGCUUCGCGGAAAAAAUGGAUCAGAUUCUGAAACAAUCCGUCUUCCCUAUGAAGAAGGAGAACUCUUGGAAUAUCUGGAUGCUGAAGAAUUGCCACCAAUUUUAGUAGAUCUGCUGGAAAAAUCUCAGGUUAAUAUUUUUCAUUGUGGGUGUGUUAUAACGGAAAUUCGUGACUACAGGCAGUCUGGCAACUUAAAAUCUCCAACAUACCAAAGCAGGCAUAUUCUCUUACGACCAACAAUGCAGACCUUGGUUUCAGACAUACAUGCCAUCACCAGUGACAACCAUAAAUGGGCGCAGGAGGACAAGCUUUUGUUGGAGAGCCAAUUGAUUUUGGCAACAGCAGAGCCUUUAUGCCUUGAUCCCUCGGUAUCUGUUACCUGUACUGCAAACCGGCUGUUGUUCAACAAGCAGAAGAUGAACACAUGCCCAAUGAAGAGGUGUUUGAAAAGGUAUUCCAAACCAUCUUUAAAUAGACAGCAAGAAAUAUCAAACUGUCCCACCCCACCUCAACUGAAACUGCUGGACUAUCUACAUAAAAGGAAGGAAAGAAAAUCUCUACAGCCUCAGAUUGACCUAAAAAUAUCCAAAACUGGAAACUGUUUAGACAUAUGGAAACCAAACUACAGCACUUUAACAGUACCAACGGAGGUGGAUGUUGAAAAAUAUGCAAAAGUGGAAAAAUCUAUCAAACUUGAUGAUUCCCAACCUACUGUCUGGCCAGCAGAUGAGAUGAAAGAGGAUUACAUAUUUGAAUGUGAAAGUGGCAGCCCAUUCCAGAAAGCAAAGCUGACCGUUUUCCAGAAUGUAGGCAAUCCUCUCUACUUCGGCAGAUUACAGACUUUCAAAAGCCAAGGCGAUAAUGAAUACAACCUCCGCCACUCUCAAUUUCCAAUUGGAUCUAAGUUUGAAAUUGACCGGGUUGUCGGUCAGUAUCUUGACUUGUUUGAAAUUGAAACCAAAAGUGUGGUGAAGUUGAGUCAUAGUACCAGAUCCUCGCUCAGCCAUAGUCCGCUUUCUCCUGGCAAAGAAAUAGAGUCUGACGGUAUCCCUGGCUCUGUUCAAUCCUCUGUUUUGGGAAAAGGCGUCAAACACAGGCCACCUCCCAUAAAACUUCCUCCAGGCUCUGCAUCGAGUUCUUCAGGUAAUAUUUUUAGUUCCCUGCAGGCAAGUGGCCAUCUCAAGUCCACAACCCCUCCUCCCAAUAAGCCCCCAAGUAUCUCUCGGAAGCAAUCAGUGGACCAUAAUCAGGCUGGAAUGCUUUCUCCAGGGGCAAUGUCCCCCGCCAGCUCUUCACAAAGAUCUGGAACUCCCAAACCAUCUACUCCUACACCAACCAACACCCCAGCAUCGACUCCGCAUCCUCCUGAUGCUUUGAACUCAACUCCUAUCACCCCUUCUGUUACCCCUACACCCCAAGAUUCAAGCUUUAAUUCACAGGCCACUUUGUUAAAUCCAUUUGCUCAGCAGCAAAUGUCUCUGGGUCAGGGCUUGCCUGUAAUGACCAUCCCACUAUCCACCAUGGUAACAUCUAUCACUACAGGAACCACCUCCACCCAGGUCAUGGCAAAUCCUACUGGACUAAACUUCAUCAAUGUAGUUGGCUCUGUAUGUGGUCCACAGACACUGAUGAGCGGAUCAAACCCAAUACUAGGGUGUAACACUGGUGCCAUUACCCCUGCAGGGAUAAAUCUGAGUGGCAUUUUACCAUCAGGAGGUCUAGUGUCAGGGGCAUUGCCGGCUGCCAUGCAGUCUGCCUCACAGGCAGGUGGCCCAUUUGGCUUAAAAACUACUUCAGGUCUGAGGCCUUUAAAUCUGCUGCAGCUUUCUGGUGCUCCAAUCCUAUUCAACCCAAUGCAGCAGCAGCAACAACAAGUCUCCCAGUUUUCACCUCAACAGCCCCAACAGACAUCCACUUCCAGCCCUCAGCAGCAGGUAGAACAGUUGGGGCUGUUACCUUCGGGAAUGGACCAAGUUUCUAGCAACCACGACCAAACUUUAUCAGCUCAGCAGGCCGCUGUAAUUAACUUAACCGGAGUAGGCGGCUUCAUGCCUCCCCAAGCAGCUGUGUUGUCUCAGCUUGGCUCUGCUGGGAACAGACCCGGGCAAAACCUGCCAUCACAGAGACUGCAGCUCCCUUCUGCCUUACAACAACAGCAGCAACAAAUACAAUUGCAAUUCUUGCAUCAUCAAAUGCAGCAGCAAGUGGCUAUGGCAACAGCAGCACAAGCAGCCCCGUUCCCACCCCUGCCUCAUUCCGACAGCCAAUCAAGAAGUAAAAGGAGGGGCAGUGCCGGAUUUGAUGCAAAACCCUGAGCCUUGAACUUCAUAUUACACCUCUGAGCAAAAUAAUUAACCAACAAUUGCCUUCCAAUUACUAUUUUUUUAAAACUGUUUUAAAUUAUUCUUACACAAAUACUUGCAAAAAACGAGCUUUGUGAAGAGAUGUCUGACUUAAAUGUGCAUUAAAAUGGACAUACAUUAGUAGUGGUCUGGGGGCCUUCUCAAACCAGGUGCGGACUUUUUUUUUUUAAAGGUUUUUAAAUAGCAGAAAAGCUCGUCCCAUGUGAGAAGGAGACUGUGAUCCUGCAUCUAUAGAGACGGAAGUGUCGAGAGUAAAUGUAGUCAUGGGUAUUGUUUUAUUUAGUACAAAAGGUGUGCAGUCACUGUAACAAAUACAACUUUUUACAUAUUCAUUUUAUUCUGGCUUGGCACUGGCCAGAGCCUCUUGCAGAAGAGUUGUCACUUCUUUGUGUCUCGUGAUGGCUCGACUGAUGCACUCCUGAAGCUUCUCUGCUGAAAGUGAACUCCCACCUGUGUGUUUGACAAAAAAAAAAAUUGUUACGUACUACUGGGUUUAUCAUGAAAAUCCAUUUAUAUCAAGAAAAUACACAAACAAAAUAUAAAUUUUUCUUCAAUUA